CUCAUGCCCACGUCGAAGAUACCUAGCCUCGAAUUAAAACGGCUCCAUGAGUUGCAAAAAUGGCAGUAAGUUGAAAAAAUACCAAACCCUCCAGAAGACAUGGCGACAAUUGGGCAGGUUCAUGGGCGAAAGUUUUUGAAGAGCUGCUAUCUCUCAGCCCUCUUUGGUGCAUCUGCAGGAUUUAUGUACAAGUAUGUUAAAAAUGAACCAAAGAAGCUUAAAAAGAUUCUUGGAUAUGCAACAACAGCAGGUGGAGCUGGUUGCAUUCUUGGUGCAUUAUAUGGCUAUAAUAGAAAAAGAAAUCUGUUCCCUUCUGCACUGAAAGGCACUGCUAAAUUUUUCAUCAUUUCUGGAACUUUUUUAGGAAUGAAAGAGGCAAUUGUUUCAAGUGAAGUUGUGAAGAGUCAGGUUGGGCAAAGCAAGAAACUUAGAUUUGCAGAAAUGUUUACAGUUGGGGCCGUUACUGGGUUUCUGAUAGGAUCUGCAUGGUCAAACAACCCUUUAACUUUUUUGGUUGUUGCUGCUGGAACCGGCAGUUUAUCUGCUACAGGCCAGUUUAUAAAUGACAAAAUUUACAAUUGGAGAUUAAAAAAAGCUAUUUUAUUGAAAUAUCCCGAAUUAUUGGAACUGGAAUGGGAGGCAAUGGAUAAGGAAGAACAGGACAUAGUCCGAAAGAAACAACAAUCAUGGUUCACUUGGGCUAUAGAAAGGUUACUAGAUCGUCCAUACAUUGGCAAGUUGAAACUGAAGCAUCAAGCAUUAUAUGAAGAAAUUUUGGCAUUGGAAACUGAAGAACAUGAAUUGAGAAUCAAGUUAGGACUUGUAGAACGUGAAGAAAAUGACUUCGAUUCUUUUAAAGAAGAUAACGUUGGUUGAAAAUUGCAUUUUCGCGCUUUUGUUUGUGGAUGAAUUUAAGUUUGUGUCGCUUGGAAAUAAAUCCAAGUUGAAAAGCCUAAAUUCAUUUAUCAGAAAUUGAAUUCUUAAGGAAUUUCACGCAAUUCUGAUGAAUUAAUUUUUCGAUGUUAGUUUGAAUAUGUUAUGUUUUGCAAUUGUUAUAUAUUUUAUGUUCUUCAUGUUGACCAACAAACAGCUUCAUGAUUAAUUUAUUAUUAUAGGGUUUACUGUCGCCGCAACCUUUUUUUUGAAAAAUAAAGCAAAAUAUAAACAAUUUGAAUUCGCAAGUGAACAAUGUACUUUUUGAGGUAACCAUAACUUUUUAUAAUUUUCGUGUAAGAUAAUCGAGCUAGGUGUUGUAUUGUACCUACCCUUACUCGUUCUAUUGAUUUUUAUAAAAAGUUCCUCUUUUUAGAAUCUUGUAUCCAGAUCACAAAAAUAUCGAGUAAACUACCUAUUAUGACGAAAUAGUUUUAUUUAUCAGUUGAGAAUGGUCUGUACUUGAAUUAGCUUAGAUCAUUAACACGCUCUUGCUCCAGUGCGUCCA